CUUUCAUGCACAGUUGAGCGUAUACUCUUGCUUUAACGAUAUAUUCAAACAGACAUCAUGAAUACUGAACAACGGCAGAUAACGGUCGUUCAGUCCGCGGCGUUGCCACCGCCACCGCCGUUUCUCGCAGUUCCGGGACCGCCACCACAGGCCUGGCCUGCAUGGAAAGAGACAUUCAUGUCAUUCUUAGGUGCGGCGGGCCUCGAAGGUGUUGACCCGAAGAGAAAAAAACAGAUUCUUUUUUCGUUGUUGGGCAUUGAAGGGCAACGAAUAGUGUCCGCAUUUGGAUUCACUAACCUUCCGCAUUCGGAACUUCUUGACGAGUUCGAGACCUUUUUAGCGGCCGUGGAGAGCCAUUUUGUUUUUUCCGGAUCUCUAGCACUCGAGCGUAAGAAGCUCCGUCUUCGCGUUCAGCAGCCGGGAGAGAGUGUCACGGAAUUUUUAGCGGCGUUACGCCAUCAGCACGCGCUUUGCGCGUUUGAAGACGGGUCCGAGAACACGCGACUUUGCGAUCUUUUUCUUGAUGGUUUGAUCUCGCGCCGUGUUCAGGAUCGCAUUCUUAGAGACUGCGUAGGUCGCCAGGUACCGACGCUUGAGCGCGCGAUACAGCUCGCGCUGCAGUUUGAGCAGUUGGCACGCACAGCAGAGCAGUACCAUCAGCCACGUCAGGGGGAGCCCGUCGCCAGCUGUUCCACUGCACCCGUGCAGUAUGUUGCUGGGCCCGAGACCGAACAAGUACAAGCGGCUGCUCGUCAUGACGACCAGUCUCCAGCACUCUUCUCGGGAGACAACUGUUUCAGCGAACAUGGGUGGUACCAGUUGUACCACACCGCUCUGCCAUGGAUUCAAGGCCUGGUGAACCACGCGAACAAUCUCAAGCUGGUCAUCAAGCAUCGCCUGCUGUUCCAAGGCGUUCUACGCGGCAACGGCGACUUCCAGGAAGACUGA